AUUGUUGAUCCAACUCCAGGCGGCAUUUAUCUCGGAUACUGGUCAAAGUCCAGGGAGUGGCAAGCUGUACUCAUUCUCCCUGGAGUUGCCACCGAGCAACCCAUUGAUAUUGGCUUCUCAGGCACGAUCCAGGACCUAGGUCUCACAGAACAACUACCACCGUAUUACACUUAUGAUCCCCAGACGGGUAUUCUUGAUUGGCAAGAGGACUAUAAAGAUAGAGGUCCUUUGGUUAUAGAGCGACAAUUUCCCAUUAUGUACUUUGAUGGCUUGGAUUUUCCAAGUAAAAGCUCAGUUGGCUAG